AUGAGUGCAAACCCAUCUCACGCGCCUAGAUCCAUGGAUUCUCUUGUGGAGGAAGAUGAGGUCACUGGGACUAAAUCGGCUGAAGAUUCGUCUGACGUGGCUGAUCAAAAUAGCCAUAUAUCUACACAAAACAAAAUACACAACCCGAUCUCCAUCAACUUUUCGAAACCAUCUAGCGUGUGUGUUGGUUUGUCGAAGAAUGCGACAAAAUCAAAGAAAAAAUCGGCUUCUACCGGUAAAAUGCCUAGAGCGGAUUCGGAAAAUGAUGGGGGUUUUCAAGACGCGACAUUAGUUCCAGGAUACAUGGAUUGUGUCAAAUCUGGACUAGGUGCACCAAUGGGCACGGAUGGAAAAUGCAAGAAUCUACAAAAGAGUGGGUGGACUGCCGUUGGCAAUCAAUUUCGUAAAGCAUGUACGGAAAUCGGAGAUGAUGGCAAAGGCUACACUGAUCAACAGCUUCAAAAUCGAUGGAACAAGCUUUGCUCACAGCAUCGCAACUUUAAGAAGUAUUUACUGGGAGGUCAAGAAGGGGGUAAGUCGGGAAUGGGAUCAUAUACAGGUGAGGAAGCAAUUACGAAAAUGCUAGUCCAUCCUGAUUUCCCUUUUGAAUUGAAGAAACUCGUAGAUGUAGAUAAUACACGCAUCUACAAGCCCCGACACUUUGACAAUAUGAAUGAUUUGUUAAAAGACGUACACGCAACUAUGGAGAACAUCAAGGCACCACCUGGGAGUGAUAUGAGCGCCAUAGCAGGUGGAUUAGAAUCAGGGACAAAAAAGCCGCGUACAGAUUCCGCUAUAGCCUUGGAUCUUGAAUUUUCAAGCGAUGAUUCUGUCAACGAAUACAGCAAGACCACAACAGUAGACAGCAGUAUUGGGAGUAGUGGAAAAAGAAAUGUAUUGAAGGAAACACCCAUUUCGGCUGUUAAAUAUGCUAACAAGGAUACAAGGGUGGCAAUAAGAACAAAUAUACAAAAGGUUCUGAAGGCCACAAGAACAAUGUCAUCCCUAAAAGUAACCAGACCAACAGAAAUGGACCGCCGGCAGGCAACCCUAAGCCCAGGCAUAGGGACGUCAAGAACUGUAGUGCGACUGAUUGCAAUUGGCGAAUGA